CAAAUCAACAUGGCGCCCUAUUUUGAAAAUGGGUAGAGCUGAGCAAACACGAAAGGAACCGGCGUAGCGCGUGUGCGAGUUUUAUUGUGGCUGUUUCAUUUUGAGAAUGGGUGUGUGCAAUGUUUUCGCGCACCGCCAAGGUCAUGCAAAGAAUGGCAAAGCUUCAGCGGAGCCCUCGAAGAAGACGCGCGGGACCCCGCUGUAUAGUCGUCUGCUGGCCUUCUGCUACCGUCCGAAAAUUUGGUAAGUGUGCGUUGCAAGCGUUGAGUUGUGAACAGACGGCAGUGUUCAAGAGCGUUGUUUUUCUACGAAAUUGCAGGUUUCAAAAGAAGAAAUAGCAGGAGGCUAAUUAUUUGUCGGAAAUAAAGGCUGCCAUCCCAGAAAAUGUGUUCAUUUACUUGGCGGUCUUGCUCGCGCAGACGGCCAGUUUGCCUGUGUUUGUACAUGAGCGAAGACCAUCACAGCCAUGCCUGCGCGUCAAAUUACCAUUCGGCAGGAGGAAAUUAUAGUAAAUUUUAUGGAAAGUAACCCCCGGCUUGCUAGUAGGUCGGGGGAAUUCGGUGGGGAAUUUACGGCCGCAAAAAGGCAGGAUUUGUGGAAGCAACUGGCGGCGCUUCUCAACGCAGAAGGGCCGCCAGUUAAGACAGAGCGAGAAUGGAGGCUGUGGUGGUGCAAGUUUCUGUACAGAUGCAGGCGUGACGCGGCGAAUGUUUCGGCCGAGCAAAGGUGAGUGAAAAGUAGGCUUUAAUGAAUGCGGUUCGUAUUCUUACGAACGCACUGUUUCCUUGCAGGGCAACAGGCGGCGGCCGACUGGGCGGCAUUCGGGGCCGCGCCCUUCAACUUGUCGGGAGCGGUGCCACCAGAGGCCUUGGAGAGCCCUUCUUCAUGUCUACCAGCAGCUCGGAGGCCAGCCAAACACCACCCGUGGCGCCAGGGAGCACUGCUGAAGAGCCGCAGCCGGGCCCCAGUGGGGCUACAGGGAGGCGUGCCUCUUCAAGACCCUCCCGGCCACGAAGGUCGAGGCCCAGCGAGGCUGGCGCACGGAGCAGGCCGCCGCGCUCCGAGGGGGAGCUGCUCGAGCAGGCAGUGCUGGAUGGUGCGCGGACUGUGCAUGCUGCGCAGAGCCAAGCCACCAUCCAGCGCGAGUUGCUUGCAGAGUCGAGAAAGCAAACCGCCGCGAUGGAGCGCAUCGCGGACUCGCUCGACAGACUGGGAAACGUCCUGGGGCGGCAGGAGACUCAGCUGCAACUGCUCCAGGAGCAGCUCGCCCCAGUGACCACGCUCGCUGCGGCACUGACGGCUUUCCUGCGCCAGCAGAACCUGCCGCAGGGGAACCAGCCGCAGCAGCCCCAGUAAUUUUUUUUUCCGUUGAUUCCUCCUGCGUCAGCAGGACCUGACGCAGGAGGCCAUUUAUUUGUUAUUUCUUUGCUUUAUUUAUUCAUUUGCCAUUUCUGUGCCAAUUCUUGUAAACAAUGUAUCGAAGCGCUUUGUUGUAU